UUGGCGGUGGGAUAUUGCCCGCUCGCUCCGGGUUUUCGCCUCAGAGGGAACGUCAAAGGUGGCUACUGGGAGCACGCGGUCGCCGCCGGGACUUUCUUGCUUUUUCUUCGCUUCUUUUUCUUCUUCUUCUCCUGCUCCUCAGCUCCGGUUUGAGAGGCUUUGGUUUCAAAAGAUGUGCGGGUGAACAGUUGUGCGCCGUCGCCCGGGAGACAUCACAAAGGGAAUUGCCUUGAGGCUCCUGGACCACAGUGGAAUGCUGAAUAAGGCAGUAGCAAGAUUACAACGAUAGACCAUGGACUUCAACGUGAGACACUGGUGAUGCAGUGGCAGUAUCUUCAAGAGGCCUAAUUUGGAUGCCGUAUCUGCAGCACAUCUUCAAUCAUGGCUGUUUCGGGACUAAAAGCUGUUCUACUGUCAUUUGCGAGCCUUUUCCUUCUCACAUUUCACCUCUCUGCGGCACACAGGAUUCCUGACUAUGCUGAAGAAGAUGAGGAGAAGCAGUGUUCCAGAAGAGAGCACCCUAUGAUUUAUUUCGAAGAUCUGAAGCCUUGGGUUUCAAAUUUCACAUACUCUGGUGUAUGGGACUUCUCUCAGCUUGCUCUAGAUGCCAAUAGGAAUCAACUCAUUGUUGGAGCCAGGAACUACCUCUUCAGACUUAGUCUACACAAUGUUUCUCUUAUUCAGGCAACAGAAUGGGGCUCAGAUGAAGACACCAGAAGAUCAUGUCAAAGUAAAGGAAAAACUGAGGAGGAAUGCCAAAACUAUGUUCGCGUUCUCAUUGUUUAUGGCAAGAAGGUUUUCACUUGUGGCACAAAUGCUUUUUCACCAGUAUGUUCCAGCAGACAGGUAGGAAAUCUUAGCAAAAUAAUUGAAAAAAUAAAUGGGGUAGCUCGCUGCCCCUACGACCCCCGGCACAACUCAACAGCUGUGAUCACAUCCCAGGGAGAACUGUAUGCUGCGACAGUCAUUGACUUUUCUGGACGGGAUCCAGCCAUUUAUCGCAGCCUUGGAAACAUCCCACCUCUUAGAACAGCACAGUACAACUCUAAAUGGCUUAAUGAGCCCAACUUCAUUGCUGCCUAUGACAUUGGUUUGUUCACUUACUUCUUUUUCCGUGAGAAUGCGGUAGAGCAUGACUGUGGAAAAACAGUCUAUUCUCGUGUGGCCAGAGUUUGUAAAAAUGACAUUGGGGGACGAUUUUUGUUGGAAGAUACAUGGACAACUUUCAUGAAGGCUCGGCUGAAUUGUUCCCGUUCUGGAGAAAUCCCUUUUUACUACAAUGAACUGCAAAGCACAUUUUAUCUUCCUGAACAGGAUUUGAUCUAUGGAGUAUUCACAACCAAUGUAAACAGUAUUGCUGCUUCAGCAGUGUGUGCCUUCAAUCUCAGUGCUAUUACACAAGCCUUUAAUGGGCCUUUCCGGUACCAGGAAAAUCCAAGAUCUGCAUGGCUGCCAACAAUCAAUCCAAUCCCAAACUUUCAGCUAGAGCACGGCACUAUUUUGAAGGCACUGUCUACUACCAACAAGAGCCUGAGGAGCUGUUAUUUAGAGGAAAUGCAGAUUCUUCCCACCAGCCAAAAAGAGCCAAUCCAAAGUCUUCAAAUAUUGCACAGUGGCAGAUCAUUGUUUGUUGGUUUGAAUAAUGGAGUGCUAAAAAUCCCCCUGGAGAGAUGUUCAAUGUACAGAACAGAAGGAGAGUGCUUGGGCUCAAGGGAUCCGUAUUGUGGCUGGGAUAAAAAGCAAAAGCGAUGCACAACCAUUGAGGACAGCUCCAAUAUGAGCCUCUGGAGUCAAAAUAUUACCGAGUGCCCUGUGAAAAAUCUGAUGGUGCAUGGACAGUUGGGGACCUGGUCUCCAUGGCAACCAUGUGAACAUUCAGAUGGAGAUAGUACAGGUUCCUGCAUGUGCAGAUCACGGUCGUGUAACAACCCUCAGCCCCGGUGUGGUGGACGUGACUGUGAAGGAGCCAGAAUAGAGAUUGCAAAUUGCUCAAGGAAUGGAGCUUGGACCCCAUGGUCGUCCUGGGCCCCCUGCAGCACUUCCUGUGGGAUUGGCUUUCAGGUCCGUCAGAGGUCAUGCAGCAACCCUGCUCCGCGAUACGGAGGCAGGGUCUGUGUCGGACAAAGCAGAGAGGAGCGAUUCUGCAAUGAAAACAGUCCAUGCCCAUUGCCAAUCUUCUGGUCUUCGUGGGGCCCUUGGAAUAAAUGUAGUGCAAACUGCGGUGGAGGCAUGCACUCCAGGCAGAGAUCCUGUGAAAAUGGAAACUCUUGCCCAGGCUGUGCUGUGGAGUACAAAACCUGCAGCCCGGAGGCCUGCCCAGAAGUGCGGAGAAGCACACCCUGGACCCCUUGGACCCCUACCAAUAUUACUCAAAGUGGGGCCCGCCAAGAGCAGCGCUUCCGUUACACCUGUCGUGCUCAGCUGGCUGACCCCCAUGACCUACAGUUUGGCAGAAAGAAGACGGAGAGUCGGUUUUGUCCCAAUGAUGGCUCCGCCGUUUGCGACACAGAUUCUCUAGUCGAUGACCUUCUGAAAAGUGGCAAGACCUCUAUCCGGAUUAUCAAUGGCGGCUGGUCCUUUUGGGGGGGAUGGUCAUCUUGUACCCGGGAUUGUGAACUGGGCUUCAGAACCAGGAAGCGAAUGUGCACCAAUCCGGAACCCAAGAAUGGUGGUGUUCCUUGCAUAGGAUCUGCAAUGGAAUAUCAGGAUUGUAACCCCCACCCUUGCCCAGUGAAGGGCUCAUGGUCCUGCUGGACUCCUUGGUCUCAGUGCUCAGCAACAUGUGGAGGUGGUCACUACCAGCGCACCCGGACCUGCACCAACCCAGCACCAACUAAUGGGGAAGAUAUCUGCAUUGGGCUACACACAGAGGAAGCCCUCUGCAAUACACACCCAUGUGAAGGAGGCUGGUCUGAAUGGUCUGAAUGGAGUUUAUGCAAUGAAGAUAGCAUCCAGUAUCGUAGCCGUUUCUGUGAAAUCCACAGCCCAGGAUCUGUUCAAUGUGCAGGGAAUAGCACACAGUACCAAGAAUGUCUGUAUAAUGAGAUCCCUGUAAUCCUGCCAGCAUCAAGCAUUGAUGAGAGCACGAACUGUGGAGGUUUUAGCCUCAUCCACCUCAUUGCCACAGGACUCUCCUGCUUCUUUGGCUCUAGCCUCUUAACCUUUGUGAUCUACGUUUACUGUCAACGGUGCCAGAGACAAUCUCAGGAGUCGACCGUUAUCCAUCCCACCACUCCCAAUCAUCUUCAUUACAAAGGCAACACAACUCCCAAGAAUGAAAAGUACACACCUAUGGAAUUCAAGACACUAAACAAGAACAAUUUAAUACCAGAUGACAGGACCAACUUCUAUCCUUUGCAACAAACAAAUGUGUACACAACAACCUAUUAUCCCAGUACACUGAAUAAAUACGACUACAGGCCUGAGGCCUCCCCUGGAAGGACCUUUACUAAUAGCUGAUGACGAUCUGCCUAAGAACUGGAUUACUUCCUAUAUGAUUUUUAUUUUUAAAAUUGAGUUUAUGGACCAAAUAUUGGCCCAAUCUAUAGAUGUAAAUAUUAUAAGUGGGCCUUUUAUUUUCUCUCUUAUUGGUGGUCUUACUUUCAAGUAGCACAUCUCCUUAAGUGGAUCUUCUGCUUAUGGAUAAUGGGUGGUCUAGGAUAUUUGACAAGUAUUCAGCUAGAGAUAGCAGAUCCUGUUAUGGAUAUCACAGUUUGAGUUGUCCCUUUGGUGUCUGAUACCAAGAUAAUCCUGGAACCAGCCCUAAUGUGCUAAGUUUGUGUGGAAUGAUAUGACUACCCAGUACAACUUCAGAAGUUCUGUGGACAUUGGAAGACAAAUCCUAGCAAAGCGCUGAGACUUAUUCUUCAUAUGCCUACAGGUUAAUAGUAUUAGGAACAUCAUUCAUCCAGACAGACUUGUGGAACACCAUAUUCAAGAGUUUGGCUUUUAAGCUUCAGGAUCAUCAGUAUUUUUUGUGACAUGGCGACAUAUAUGCAAGUAACCUUUAAUGGGAAAAAUCCUGUCCGAUUUAUAAAACAAAUGAGAUAACUUCACGCAAGAGAAAUGUUUUGAAACAUUUCUGAAGCAAAGUGGUAAGACUUUUAAGUUUGGAUACAUGAAGCAUGGGCUUUGGAUACACAAAAGAUGGUUGAUUCUCCUGGACAAUAUGAAGAGAGUGAAACAAGAGCCAUGGAAGAUCCUGAUAGAAACUUUUCUCUUCUUGCUUUGAUUCCAGGAGAUUCUUAAGACACCAUUGGACUGAUGGCCCUCUGCCCUUGUUGAAAUUACCAAGCUUUGUGCUAGUGCUGAUUUUAUUUUUUAUAAUUUUUUAUUCACUUGAACAAAGAAAAGAAUAUUGAUUUCAGUAUGUCUCUAAAGAAUGUCUCCAUAGUGUAGCCUAACCCAGAAAGCCUACGGCAAAGUCCUUUAGUGUCUUCCAGCCAAGAAAGAAAUACAGUGUACAUCAGUAGCUGCCAUUGUUCACUAGUAUUGGAGCAAGAAAGAUAAUUAUUCUGCUCCAAUUAAAAUAAACUGGGGUCUGUAGCAUUUUGAAACAAUCCAGUCCAGCCUUGAAAGAUUAUCUUUUAUGCUUUGUUAGACCAAUGCGUCUAGUCAUGUCAUUUUGGGCUAGAUGAGUCUCUUGUUAAUGAUACUUUCUCAUCAUCUAAUGUAUAAACUCUUGGUGCUAAGCAAUGAAGAUGGCCGCAAUAUAUAUAGCAUGUGAUAAGAAUGUAAGCCAGUUCCUACAUGAGUUCUGAUCUGUUUGCUGUUUAUGGGUUGUCUGUGCUUUAAGCCAUUGGUUUCCAACUCAGGUUGACUAGCAUUGAACACAGAAUGGGCAGCUGCUGGUAGGACCUUCAAAAUUAUCUAUUGAAAGAAUUGUCUGAGAGGGGGGCACAGUCUAGACCCUACAUCCAAGCAAGAAACCCAGACUAAUAAGUGACUCUAAAAUGACUCAGGAUGCUGUUUUAAAGUGAGAAAAUGAUCCAGGGCUGAUACCAGCAUCUCAUUCUACCUUAUAGAAUCAGAAGUCAUAAAACAAGCAUUAGUGCCUAAGCUAUGAAAAACCCUGGCUGAGUGCAUGGGACAGAUAUGAUUUAGUGAUUUAGGUAGGAUGUCCUCUAUGGAUCUUUCUGUUGGCUAAUGAAAGAGAGAGUGAUUGGGCAGUCAAAUUGCUACAGGCUCCUAACCCAAGCUAGGCCCUUGUAGGAAGGUAUGUCAGGUUCCUGUGAGGAGCACACUGUGUAUAGUUCACCAGCAGAAGCUGCUGCUUGUGCAGAUCUGUAAUCAUUGGGAUACUUGUUAUUAACUAAUUAACACUUGAGGUCUGUAAGAAAUCGUUGGAUCAAGGCCAGAGUGAAGCAUUGUUUCAGACAGAGUUCCAUUUUUUGCAAGAAUUCAUUUCACAGAGGUGACUGCAAAUUAAGUAUUCAUUAUCCUGUUGUUUUGCUUGAUUUUUAUUUUAUUUUUUAUUUUUUGCCAUGAGGGGAUCCAGGUGGAUUUCAGUGACUUUAAAUAGUGGGUUUUCAUUCUCUUACAUAUUUUUCUUCUUCUUCAGAUACCAGAAAUCAUGGCAUGUUUCAGGGCAGGGAUAUUUUUAUGUACUCUAUUGCAAUUCUUUCUUCCCAGGGACCCAAAUGUGAAAAAUGAUAGGCUUUCAAAAGUAAGAACCCCCAUUCUUAAAUCAGUUGCACAUGCUGCUGAAAAGAAGAAAAUCAAGGAAAGCAGCGGGUUAAAAGUAAUCAGAGCUAUUACCGCGCAGCGUCUGCUUAAGCAUGCCAUUUUUUCUAGCCCGCGUUAAUGCUCCCUAAUUCACAGGGAAGGCUAUUGACAGGAACAUUCUUCUCUCUCCAAUGCCUUUAUGCUUUAGGUACAGGCUGCUGGUGUUCUUGGUGAUCAGUCCUUUCCCCUGUGGAGGGAUUGUCUAAAUGCUUGAUUUUCCAUGUGCUGACUGCAAUACUAGCCCAAUGGGAAUUCCAUGCACUUUGCAAACGUUUUCCCGGAAAAACAACAACAAAGCUCUGGCCCCUCGGUGGGACAACCAGAUCGUCUUGCCUUUGAUGUGGCAAUAGGCCCACGUGUGUUGAGGUGUACGUCAGCCUUUUGCUGCAUGAGAAGAAAAACCACCUCGGAGCAUUCCCACGCUGACCAGAUCAUUCUUCAGUGCUGCCCAGAAAGCUGCUUGGAAACCCCAGCCCGGUAAAGGAAACCCCGGGGGGAAACGUUGGGGGGGGGGUGUGCGAAAUAAUGAAAUCGAAUUUUAAAUUACAUUAAAUGCAAGCUUCUGGGACCUGGGUCUUAAUAUUCUUAUGGUCAGGCAUGAAGGAGAUGUUCGCAAAAGUCUACUAUUAAAAAAGCACUAGAACGAAAGCCAAAUGGAUUAAAAGCCUUCCCAGUUCUUACCCUUGAUAAUUUCAGCCGCCUAUUUGGGUGUCUUUAGGUGGCAUCUGCAAAAUCUAACCAAGCAGCUGUGAAAACUAGUUACUAAAGCUAGUUAUAACUAAUAGUUAUUCCAAAGGGCUGUACAGAGUCCGAGUAAGUGGCUGAAGGGAGCACCGCAGCCAUUCAGAUGUUUAGAAGUGAGAUUUGAAACUUUUCACUAAUUCUGAUCUUCACUUAACAGUUUGUUUCCUUCAUUAGAGAGGAUUGGAAGAGCGAGUAAGUUUUCAUAUUUGGAUAGGACAGUCUAUUAACACCUUUCUUUUUCAUAAUUAACUUCUGUGAUCUUUUGGGUGUGAGAAAUUAUUGCUAUACGUGUUUCAUUAUGGUUCAUUGUCUUAUUACAUUAGCUUUUAAUAGGUAUGGUUUUUAGAGAUUUGGCAAUUUGCUAUUACACACUCUGGUUCAGCAAUUCCUUACUGGCAGCUCUAAAAACUUUCUUCCCAGAAGAGCUGAUUCGUUUAAAUGGAAUUGACAGCUCCUGCUGUUGCCAUUCUUCCAAGGAAGCCAUAUUGACAGGAGAAUGUGAAGUGCGCAUCUUGGAAAGCCUUCCAGGUUCUGAAUUGGAGCCAAAGGGUCCAGGGAGUCAAAGGAAGAAGAGCUGAUCAGCCUGUUACAAGAUUGUCCUUCAACGGUUUCUCUGUGUUCCUGUGGUUUUCUUCAGUGUUUGUCUUCUUCCAUCACGAUAGGAAUACAGAGCAUGUUUACACUGAUAAAGCAACCAAGCUUCAUCACAACUCUAUGCCAACCAUGUACUUACUCUGCUGCCUAUUUCUGCCAGGGCACCAAAAUGCAAUGUGGGUCAUUUGUGUUGUCUCUUCUCUAACUCGAGGAAAUACGGUCUCCUUUGCUGAACUGUCGUGACACCAUCCUGAACUGCCCACCGGUCUAGAGACUGUUCUGGAGCUCGAUCCUGAAUUGACUGCUGGGAGUUCAUUUGAUGUGUAUUGUUCUUAAAUAAAGAGGCCUCCUAUCAUGGGAUUAAGAAAAACUUGGAGAAGGAAAUGUCAUUCCAAGGGAGAAUGCAUAUUUCUAUGACUCACCCACAUCUGAGAUACACAUGUAUACCUAUUGCCUUAUUAUUUUUUUUAGAGAAUGAUACAUUAAAUUAAGAUCUAUAUAAGAAGUGGGAAUGAUUUGAAUUCUAUUCAAAGCAUAAUUUAGGACUAUAAUUUCCUAGCAUUAUGAAAUCUAUUGUGACACAAAGAUCAUUCAGAGUUUAAUCUGUGUAAUCAUUACUCACACUGAAUGUGAAUUUUUCUUACCCGUGCAAACUAUAAAUGCCAUGAAAUCCUCUUAUUCAAACACUGGUAAAUAUAUUGUUAUAUAUUUAUAACAGAAAUGUUAUAUAUUUACUGCUGAAUGUCUAAAAAUAAAUUUAGAAUAAAGUGAAAAAGAAAAAACAGAAAACGGCAGCACUAGACUUUCCUGAUAGUGUUAAAGGAAAUCCUCCCCCAGCAAGAUUUUAACAAAAACUUGAUUUUUCAUAGAUCAAUGAUUUUUUUCAUUGUUGAAUGAAAAUUGAAAAGUUGACUUUUUAACUAGAAAUGUUCAUCUUCCCCUGGAAAAAAACAAAACCAUUCCUGUUCAGAAUGGCAAAGUAAACAAUGUUUGUAUUUGCUCAUACUUUAUGAAUAAAC